AUACUACUGAAGAAAAGAAAACUAUUCAAACAUCCUGAUCUCAUUCUCACAGAAGAGCAGAUGAAGACAUACACGUUGUUAGAGAUUGAUAGGAUUUUAAUGAAAUUUGGGAAAUCAUUGGCAGAAAUCAAAACAAUGCCACAACCAAGUUUUAAAGAUGUAGAGCUCAUGGAUAACAAACUCAUUAGAGAAGAACAUAACUAUGACAUAAGGCAGCUCUUUCUUGAGUGUGAAGAGAAACUCAGCAAACUCAAUAAUAAUCAGUUAGCAGUCUAUGAAAAAGUAAUUGCAGCAGUAGAAAACGACACAGGAGAGACAUUUUUUGUGUACGGACACGGAGGAACUGGAAAGACAUUCUUAUAUGGCAUGAUAUCAGCAAAACUCCGAUCAAACCGCAAGAUUGUUUUAAAUGUCGCAUCAUCAGGUAUUGCUGCACUGCUACUUCCUGGAGGAAGGACAGCUCAUAGCCGGUUUGAAAUACC